AUGAAAAAAGGAAGCGCAAAAGCAACUCGAGUCAAAAGCAGUCAAAGCAAUAAGGGUGAUGAAGGUGGUUCUAAAAGUCGGAGUGGACGUAAAUCAAAAUCAUCACCCAAGAAAUCGAUGAAUAAAGUUACUACCGAACAUUCUGAUGCACCAGAAGCAUCACCAACUGCAUCACCGAAAGAAACUCGUAAACCAUUAGAUAUAUUCAGUCAAAAUGAACUAAUGCCCAGUUGCACACCGAUAUUUUUAUCAAAGCCAACACAACAAAUAUUUAAUAUUGUAACUGAUGAACAAAUUACCAAAGAAUCACCAAUUGUUUUACUGAACAAAUCGGAUAUACUUAAAGAUUUACAAUCACGUGCAGCUGUAUCAGAUUUCAGUGUACAGAAAGUUGCAAUCAACAAUUAUCCCGGCUCUGAUAUUCUAUUAAUUUACGAUGCAGAUUAUAAAUUCGGUCAGAAUUUUGUGAUUGUCUUAUCUGAAGAAACAAAAUCUCUUAUACUAAAUCCAGUUCAACAAACAAGUGAAAGUCCGUUGGAACAUGAUGGUGAUGUGGAUGAUGAUACAGAUGACGAUGAGGAUAAACUAAAAGAAGAUGUCACUGAUUUACAUUCUUCAUUUAAAUCGAAGUCAGAACAUGGUUGGACUGAUUUAGGUUCAGAAAAUGAAGUAAGGGAAAUGAAUGCUUACGAAACACGUUCAAAAUUAUGUACCAUUUUUCAAAGACCACGCAAAGAUUUUGGUAGUCCAUUAAAUUUACAGGAUGAAAAUGCUACAACAAAAGGUUUUUCUGAAUGUAUUUUAUCACAUGAAGAUCAGUCAUUUAGUAUACCUAUAAUAGAGUUAGACAAAUCUACUACAAAUUGUGAAAUGACCUGUGAUAAAGGUAAUAAUACAAUUUGGAAAUAUCCAAGAAAUGCAUUUACUCAGUAUGCUCCUAGAAUGUUCACAUCUGAUGAAUUGCAACAAUAUUAUCAUGAAAAUAAUGAUGCGUUGCGUAAUAUAUCGAAAUUAUACACAAUACUUGAACAAGGCUUAUUAGAAAAUGAAAUGUACAAUUUUUUAUCAACUGAUUAUGAAGAUUUAUCCAUUGGUGAUGAAAAUUAUGAUACAAGAAGUGAUAAUACAUUUAAAGAAUUUCUAUCAUUUACCGAUUUGAAAUAUAGUAAAAAUAAAGCUAUUACAAUGAUUCAAUGGCAUCCUACUAUUAAAAGUAUUAUUGCGACAUCGAUUAGUGAACGGGUUAUUUAUGAUCAACGUAUUGAUCAAGCAUCACGCAUCCUUUUACAACCAACACAUAUUAUACUAUGGAGUAUUAGUGAUCCGCUAAAACCUCAAUUAUUAUUGAAUGCACCUGAUGAUCUUACGUGUUUCCAGUUUAAUCCAACUACUUCAAAUUAUAUAGCUGGUGGUUGUAUCAAUGGACAAGUAGUUUUAUGGGAUAUUGAAAAGCAUAUGGAAGAUUUAAAAAAUGUUAAAUUACGAUUAAAACAAAACAGUCAAAUGCCUUUAUUUGUGUUUGAUGAGAAUGAAUUAAAUAGAGUUUCAACAUCAGAUUAUUCUGCUUUAAGUAAUAUUGAAUCAUCACAUACUUCACCAAUUAUGGAUUUGAAAUGGAUACCAGAUCAUUUAGAAAUUAAUCGUUUAGGAUACUGUUUUGAAAAUUUAACACAAAAAUGUGUUCAAUUAAUGACGUGUGGUUUAAAUGGUGAAAUACUAUUAUGGGAUAUACGACCGGAGAAAUCCCCAUUAGCUGUAAAUAAAACAGUGGAUUCAAUUAAACCACCAAUGAGUGUACCAGUAACAUUUUUACCGUUAAAUUUGAAAUGGAAACCAUUACUAAGAGUUUAUUUGUAUAUAAAUAAUCCAGAUAAUAAUCAUGCAUUAGUUAAAUUUUGUAUACGUGAAAUGCAGAGGAGUCGCAAGUUACUGACGCCUAGCACAAAAGAUUCCAAUAUCAAAAAUUCUGACAAUUCAUCUAAAUUGCUUCCACUUCCAAAUGCAAACACACAUAUUUUUGCUGGAACAGAAGAUGGUGAUAUAGUCUAUGCUGACUGGGUUCCACAGAAAGAUCAAGACACUGGGAAAAUGCAAACACCCAAACCAGAAUUCUGUAUCUCACGACAUGACGGUCCAAUCAGUUACCUUAGUCGUUCACCAUUUAAUUCCUCUCUGAUCUUAGCUAUUGGUGGAUGGAUAUGGACAAUGUGGAAGGAGGGAGUUACCAGUGGACCGAUCAUAGAAUCUGGUCGUGCAAAUAAACCACUAACAGGUGGAAGUUGGUCUCCAACACGUCCGUCAGUUUUUUAUACAUGUCGUGUGGAUGGCAGUGUCGAAGUUUGGGAUUUACUUGAUAAAACUUAUGAACCAACAAUGAUUCAGUCAAUAUCUGCUAAUGCACUUACUACUUUAUCGAUAUGGGAUUCAACUAAACGUCAAUUUUUAGCUACUGGUGAUAUCCAAGGAGUUCUGCAAUUAUUUAUUAUACCUAGACGUUUGAAAAAUCCUUUACCAUCAGAACUAAAAAAAUUCAAUGAAUAUGUUGAACGUGAAGUGAAAAGAAAAGAAUUUGUUUCAAUGCGCUGGAAUUUAAGAGAACAAGAGAAAAUUGAACAAGAAGUGGAAAAGAAAAGAAAGGCUGGUUUAGCACCGGAUGUUGUGUUAAGUGAAGAAGAAACCAUUCAGAAAGAGAAAUUGGAAUACGAAAAAUACCUGUCAGAAGAACAUAAUUUCUUACGAUCAUUAGGACUACUUGGAGAGGAUGAGGAAGAAUAAAAGACAAAAAGGAACAUUACUUUGUCUUCUAGGAUUAUAUAAUUUUCCAAAAUGAUGCCUUUCAUAUGAAUCAUAACAAAUAUAUUAUUAUCAG